AUGGCGCCAGCCAGAGCAGGAUUCUGCCCUCUGCUGCUGCUCCUGCUGCUGGGGCUGUGGGUUGCCGAGGACCCAGUCAGUGCCAGGCCUGGGAACAUGACCCCAGCUCAGUGGUUUGAAAUUCAGCAUGUGCAGCCCAGGCCUCAAGGCUGCAAUGCCGCGAUGCGCAAAAUCAACAAGUUUUCCAAACGCUGCAAAGACCUCAACACCUUCCUACAUGAGUCCUUCUCCAGUGUGGCCACCACUUGUCAGACUCCCAACAAAGCCUGCAAGAAUCAUAAGAAUAACUGCCACCAGAGCCAGAAGCCUGUAUCCCUGACCGACUGUAAGCUCACCUCAAAGAGAUACCCAGACUGCAAGUACAAGGAGAAGAAACGGGUCGCUUCUUACAUCGUGGCCUGUGACCCUCCCAAGAAAGGGGACUCUGGGAAAUUCAAGCUGGUUCCUGUCCACUUGGAAAAAGUCCUUUAG